UACUAGUGUUGGCUGAAAGUCAUCUGCAUCGGUGUCAUUUUUUUUUUCUACUGAGUCGAAGGGACAAAAGUUUUGUGAUGUCCCGAGUACUGAUAGUCGGUGCAGGGCUCACAGGCAGCCUGUGUGCUUGCCUACUGCGAAGAGGAAUGCCCAGUAAUACACAUAUUGUAGUGUGGGAUAAAGCCAGAGGCGCAGGAGGAAGAAUGGCAACAAGCAGAAGCCCUAAGGACCCCACGUGUACUGCUGACCUGGGAGCACAGUUCAUAACUGCAACACCAUACUAUUCUCAGAAGCAUCAAAGCUUUUAUGAAGAACUGUUAGCGCACAGCAUUUUAAAACCACUGACUACCCCAGUGGAAGGAAUGGUGAUAGAAGAGGACGGGAUUCGCAACUUCAUAACCCCACGGGGAAUCUCUUCUAUUGUCAAGCAUUACCUCGGAGAGUCAGGGGCAGAGGUGUUCUUCAACUACCACGUGACCAAUAUCUACCUCAAAGAUGAGAAAUGGGAAGUCUGCAGGAAGUCGGGGGCUCCAGAGCAGUUUGAUGCAGUUGUCCUUACCAUGCCCGUCCCACAAAUCCUCCAGCUUCAAGGGGACCUGAACAAGUUAAUUGACAGGACUCAGAGGCAGAAGCUGGAAGCUGUGAGCUACUCCUCUCGCUACGCUCUGGGACUUUUCUAUGAAGCUGGGACAGAGAUUGAUGGCCCGUGGGCAGCAAAGUACAUCACUAAUAAUCCCUGCAUACGCUUCAUCUCCAUCGAUAAUAAAAAGCGCAAUUUAGAGUCCGCUGAUACAGGUCCUGCAGUGGUCGUCCACACCAGCAUUCCUUUUGGACUAGAACACUUGGAGGAGGGUAAAGAAAAAGUGGAACUCUUAAUACUGGAGGAGUUGGCACGUGUUCUGCCUGGGCUGCCCAAGCCUGUGAGCACUAAAUGCCAAAAAUGGAGAUAUUCACAGGUGACCCAAGCUGUGUCAGAGAGCCCAGGGCAGAUGACUAUUCAUGCCAGACCCCUGCUGGUCUGUGGUGGAGAUGGGUUCACACACUCCAACUUUGAUGGCUGUACAGACUCUGCUUUGAAAAUCCUGGAUGUUUUUAAAUCAAAUCUCUGUUUUUUAACUACUUUGAGAGACAAACAGGAAUGACUGCCUGAUGUCUUCAGUUCAAAGUGAUCACAUUUUCUAUUUUAAAUCUAAUAAAAACAGUAAACCUGA